ACGCAGCGUGACGUAGCGCGGAUGUCCCAGAAUGCCGCUGUCUGCCAGCGCAGCAGUGAUCAAUGGUCAGGAGAGUCACAUCCACCGGCGAUUAACGCGAUAAACGCCAGAGAUCAGCGGCUGAUCGAAGCUCUGCGAGUCCGGGGGAAACCGCUUCACGUGACCGUUCAUGAGUGAAUGAGAUCUGCUGAGAGAAACCAUCAUCUUCAUCAUCAUCACCAUCAUCAGAGCUGAAGACAAACACAAGCAGGGCAGAUGGCGAGUCCCAGAACCAGACGCGUGCUGAAGGAGGUCCGGACUGAAGACGAGAACAAUGUGUGUUUCGAGUGCGGCGCGUUUAACCCGCAGUGGGUCAGCGUGACGUACGGGAUCUGGAUCUGUCUGGAGUGCUCGGGCAAACACAGAGGCCUCGGCGUCCACCUCAGCUUUGUACGAUCUGUUUCGAUGGAUAAGUGGAAGGACCUGGAGCUGGAGAAGAUGAAGAUGGGCGGAAACAGGAAGUUCCGGAUGUUUCUGGAGCUGCAGGACGACUAUGAUCCCACCUGGAACCUGCAGGAGAAAUACAACAGCAAAGCUGCGGCGCUGUUCAGAGAUAAGGUGGCGACUCUGGCCGAAGGGAAGGAGUGGAGCAUUGAGGACUCGUCUGCCAGGAACUGGACGCCUCCGCAGGCCAAGAGCAGCCUGAGCUCCGCACACCGGUCCAGUGCCGCUGCGGGUCAGAAUCACGGUCACUCUGAUAAAGCGUUUGAGGACUGGCUGUCUGACGAUGUCAACUCUUACCAGAAUGCUGGAGCGUCUGGCGCACAGGAGAAUCGAUAUGUUGGCUUUGGAAACACUCCCAACCCGCCCAAGAAAGACGAAGACUUCAUCAAUAACGCCAUGUCCUCCAUCUACACGGGCUGGAGCUCUUUCACUGUUGGAGCCAGCAAGUUUGCGUCUGUCGCUAAAGACAGUACCACAAAAUUGGCCAGCCAAGCAACUCUGAAGUUACGGGGUUAUAAACCGCCGCCUGAGCCGGCUGCUGAAUUGGGCCAGACUUUAAAUGACAGUGUUAUCAAGCCCACACAAGAGAAGGUGAAGGAGGGGAAGUUGUUUGAUGAAAUGGCCGUCAGCAUCACAGGUCUGGCCACUAAGGUUCAGGGUGCAGGUGCCAAAGGCUGGAAGGACAUGACAUCAUUCUUCGGUGGGAAACAAGAGGCCGCUGAUGAUGGCUCUGCCUAUGAAGAAGGUUAUCAGAACCAGGAUCCCUUCAGCACUCAAGGCCCUAAGAAGGACUUCUGGGAAACCUUCGGCAGUACCGAGUCUCCCAGCGGCAAUUCUGUAGAGAAGAGCCGGAGCUCAGAGGCGCAGUCUGACACUAAGAAUGGUGCUGGAGAUAGCUGGGAGACCUGGGACAACGACUGGGAGAAAGCUGGAGACACCAAGAACAAGAAGAGCCCGUCGAAACCGGCCGAAGACUCCUGGGACAACAGCGGCUGGUAGACCAGCAGAAUCCGGCUCCACAUGUGUGUUUGCUUUCAUCGGUCCUUCCCGAAACCCACCGUCACGAACACACCUCUGACCGGAUGCGUCGCUCGUUUCGAUUGUCGUUGUUCGUUUCUGUUGAGAAUGAGUUUAUAAAGGUCUUUCUGACGUCUCUGUCCACGAUGGAGCUGUUUGAUAUUACAGUAUAAUGUUUCAUGUUCUAGUGGAUUUGACACCAGCAGAGAUCUGCAUGUCAUCUGCUGUUUGUGAUCCGUGGAUCAUAAACUUUCUGAUAAUGUGAUCUGGAUCGCACUGGCUUUCCUGUGUCAUGACAGACUCCAGAGAGCUUUUGCUGUCUGUUUGUUCAUGAAUUUUUGUUUUAUACGUAUGUGUUAAAUAUAUAUAAUAUGACAGAUUCCUAUUCAAAAAAAUUCAUUUUUAUCAGCAAAACCGUUCAGUCCUCAUCCAGGCUUCCUGCUCAUUAUGAAAUCAUAACAACUAAACGUUUGUCUGUAGAAGCAUGACACUUUUUAGUUAAUAUCCUCUAGUUCAACAUCCAUCACCUCAUGGCCUUUUGUGGAUAUGGCUGGUAUUUUUAAAAAAUAGUUAUGGGGGUUUAUAAUCAUGCAAUGUAUUUUGUUUGUUUGUUCGUUUGUUUCCCCCAUCUGUAAUGGCUGCUGAGUGUUGUUCAUACUGUCAUUCCAGCUGUUCAUGAGCUCUUGAAUUACAUGCAAGAACAAAUUAUGACAAGGUUUCAUGUAAAACUCAAGGCAUGGACAUCAAGCAUCGUUAUUUAUUUCUCUCUUAUUUGUGAUUUCGGCUGAACGGGAUGUGUCUCUUUACCUCAGUAAUAAGGUGGUUGUUUAUUGUAUUAUCAUCAAGUUCACCCUGAAUCUCUCUAUGAUAUUGAACUAUUAUCCAAACAUCAUGUGUUCAAUAAUCGAUUGAUUUUGUAUGUACCUGACUAACACCUGUGGUACGUCUGUGCAUCAUGCCGUAUGUUUGAGCUGUAAAAACACCUGCUAUGUCUGGAAAACUUGGGUGAGCUACACUAUAUUCUGAUAGUUAAAUGGUAUAGUUAAUAAAGAGUUAAACACCA